AUGGACACUGUAUACCGGAGCCCGCUCCGGCGUGCAGGCCGAGCUCGAUUCCGGCUGCCCGAUCUCGCCCUUAUCGCCGGCCUAUUCCUGUCACCGGCUUCUGUUGUCCCAGCGAGCGCUGCUGCGGUUGGGCAGCAACAUGAGUCGGCAUCUCUUCACGCGCGCACCGAGGGCGAACAUGUCGUGCUCGCCGACUGUCGCGACCCGGCCGGCGUGCUCUCGUCGCAGAUGGCCUAUUUCAAGGGCCCCGUGGGCGCGACGCCCACGGAUGUGGCCGUUGUGGCUACCCCCAACGGCCAGACUACGCUUUGGGUCAAUGCCAACACCACUGGUCUCUUCACUACCACGAGUGUGAAGUUUACAGCGAACCUCGGUCCCCGCGUUGAGGAGGGCCAAUUUGCCGGCACUGGCAACAAUGGAUACGGCAAUUUCAGUUGCUACCAACAAUACAUCGCAGAGCUCUACACGUACGAGAAUACGAAGUGCUCUCAGGUGUACCAGUGUGACCACUCCAAGCCUCCAGCCGGGGGCAUCAGCUCCUCGAGCGGCAGUGGUAUGUCUCAGGGCACCAUAAUCGGCAUUGCCGUCGGCGUCGUUGGUGGUAUCCUGUUCUUGGUAGCUGCGGGGCUCGUUUUUUGGUAUCUCAGGCGAUCGCGCCGAGCCAAGGCCGGCCAUAGUAUUCUGCCCAGCGACAGGUCGACGACGCUCACGGCUGGGCCGGGAUCGGAUAACGGAGAACCCAAGGCGCCAAGCACAGUUCAAACCCCGGUAUCAGCCCACAGCCAACCUCACCCGGCUCUUCGGUAUCAAGUCAACCACGGCGGCGUCUACGAAAUGGACGGUCGACUCUUCCGCAUCGAAAUGGCCGAGGAUAACGGCCGGUACGAGAUGAGUGCGCAGGGUCAUGGCAGUGCCGAGCUCGAUACGGCCAAGAGCGGGCCAGCCUUGCCAGCGCACACGAGAGAGUUGCUACACACUCAACCUCCUUUCCCCGACUCCCCUCUGGAGCUCGGUCAACCUCAGUCACCGCCGCCGGAGACCAUUAGGCCGCCGGUUAUGCGGGAGACGGCUGCGCUCCUACCAGGCGCCGACGACGACAGCGACAAUACGGACAACGCCACGGCCAUGCCGCAUCAUCCCAGACGUCGUCUGUCGCCCGGCGCCCGGCCCAAACCCCUCCCACCACUACCAGCGUCAUCACCACAAUCACCGCGCCGCGCCGUCCGCCCCCUGCUGUUGCUCGUGGCGUUGGUAAAUCUCGCCUGGAGCCUGUACCAGCUGCCGGUGAGCCGCAUUGUCGAGAGCCGGCUGUGUCGCGAGUACUACGCGGUGCAUGACCCGUCGGUGCUACGGCCGGAGGACGGAUCGGUGCCGGAAGAGCGGUGCAAGAUCGAGGGGGUGCAGCAACCGUUGGGGUGGAUGCUGGGGGUGGUUGAGGCGGGAUGGGUUGCUGGUGACUUCAUAAUGACCAUCCCGCUGGUGUGUCUAGCCGACCACUUUGGCCAUCGCUUCGUGCUGUGUCUCAACCUGAUCCCGCGUGUAUUUCUGCUUGCGUGGUCAUUUGCGGUCGGCUACUUUGACCGCGUGUUGCCGGUCAAGGCGAUCCUGGCCGCGCCCAUGUUGUCGUUUCUCGGCGGGGACUGUGCGUUUAACUCGAUUGUGUAUGCGCUGGUGUCUGACCUGACAGAGGAUCAUGUGCUGAGGGCCACCCUCUUCGGCUACGUCAACGCCAUCUCCUCCAUCUUCUCGCUCCAGCUCGGCCCGGCCCUGGCAUCAGCCACCAUGAGCGUGCUCCUCUGGUUGCCGCCGUUGCUGGGUAUCGGCCUGUUGGCUCUUGCGGUCCCUGUCACGUCGGUCGUGCCUUUGCCUCGGGGGGGUGUCCCUGUGUCCUUUUCUACGGCUGAACCUGAGAGCGGCCCGUCACAUGGAGAUGAUACACACACCCACCCAGACAUCGAAGCCCUCCUAGACCAGCACCUCAUCCCCGCUUCCCACCCUCCUCCUCCCAGAAACAAACCCUCCCUAAAAGCCCACACCCUCCACCGCCUCCGCACCCUCCUCACCCUCUUCCGCAACCCCUCACGCAACCUAGCCCUGCUCCUUACCGUCUUCUUCCUCGCGUCGUUGGCAUCGUCCGAUACCAAACUGCUCCCGCUAGAUGGGCGUGGGGAUGGAGCAGAAGAGGGAGAGACGGUGGAAAACGCGGUGGUGUGUCUAGGGUUUUCGGUACUUGGUGCCGUCUUAAUUGGGAUUUCCCCAACGGUGUGGGUGUUACUGCCGUCGUUGUUGGUGUAUGCGUUGGGGAUUGCACUGCCGAUGUUCACGUACUCGCUGUUGAAGGCGCCUAGUAUGGGGCUUGCGGGGAGGGUGCCCGGGGGAGACUCUGGAGAGGGUAUGGGAACGCAGCUGUUCUCGGUGGUGAUGCUUGUGCGGACGGUGGGGACGCUGGUUGGGACCGUCGUGAUGCCUGCGUUGUGGGUGACGGGGCUGGGCGUUGGGGGGUGGGCGUUGGGAUUGCCGUUUUUGGUGAGCGCGGGGGGGUAUACGGUUGCUGUACUGGUGGUGAGGAGGAUUGAUGUGUGA